AGUAAAGGGAUGGGCGAGCAAGCUUGAGAGGUUGCUGCGAUAAGGAGAGAAGGACUGUUUACUGGGAAGUCAACCCUCAAGAAAUUUACCAAAUGGCAUGUUUGUCUGCCAAAUAUGACAUUUUAUCCAUCUCUGUUAUUUCCCAUCUCUGUUUCUUCAUCUGUUUCAUCAUUUCAACAUGCCGUUGCAGUGCAAACUAUAUUGAAAGGGAGCUUCCCUGCUAGCUGUUCCCUUAUAUCUUCAGGUUGCAUUUGUAUGUUUUUCAGGUUAUUAUACGGAGUGUUAUGUUGGCCUUUGUUAGGUCCGCUGUUGCUGAUGUCCCAGCCGCUGUUCUUACUGUUGACUGUUUUUCCCCUCCCUCAUUACGUAGACACAUAGUUUUCCUGUGCCUUUUUUAAUCACUUUUCACCCAUUUUGGCCAAUAAAACCUCUGCACGCUAGAGUGCAGGUCUCAGUCUGUUACCACAACCAACACAACAUCAUCCGCUCAUUAAAAAUUACUCUCAUCAUGACUUAGAGAGUGCUGUUGAUAUUCAAAUUCAAAUGCAAACAUAAUAUCUUAAGUUCUAAAAGUGUUUACAAUUUCAGGAAAUUGAGAGCUGAAAUUCAGUUAAGUACUAUUGAGAAUGUUGCAUAUUAAUGUUCAUUUUAAGUGUCAAAAUCAGAUCCCAAACCAAAUCACCACAAUUACCAAACAGAUAAAAGGAAGAAGCAAAAUGAGCACAUUUCUUUUACGCAAAUCCAGAUAGAGUAAACAGCAAAGAUAAAAAAUGAAACACAGUUUGCCAGGUAGUGAAGUAUGUCAACACAGUGAGUCAUAAUUCUAAUUAGUUAGUCAAAAUUUUCAUAGGCCACAGCCAUGUGUGGUUUAUUUUUGUUAAAAGAACAUUCUGUUACAUGACUCCCAUACCUGUUGGCCUUUAGUCAUAGAGAGGCCUGCUGAAUGGAGUCACUGGACUGUUGAUUAUUAACAUGUAAUUGGCCACCAGAUGCACUAUGCUCAAUGGCGCGAACCCAACCACUUAACUGUCUCGGGUUCACUUAACUGCAGCAGUGACCUUUAACUCGUGGGUGAGCUAUGUAGUCAGUCAUUUUUUGUGUCAAAACUAAAAUCAAAUCUCAGUUUAUGGGAGCAGACAGCUAUAAUGCAAGCAGAAAAGCCUUGGUGGUGUUUUACUAUGGGCACCCGUUGCGAUAGUUUUUAUAUUCAGCAUACCACAGAUCAUUGUUUACUAGGAAAUGCUUUGUAAUUAGUUGUUUAGCUGUGUAAAACCAGUCAGCGUACUUUACAUAUUGAGCCACAGCAAUCUGCAAACCGCGUUUCCCAUAUUCGUAAACAUUUAUCCACCAAGAAAAUAGCUCUCAUCACAUAAACUAAAAGACAGAUGCUUUAACAAGCAAUAAGCCUCAGUGUUUGCAUUGUGUGAAAGCCAAACAAACAAUAAGUCAGGAGGGAGACCAACCGGUUAAAGCAACUAUUCUAACAAGAUAACUUAAGCAAACAUCCAGCUGCUCAGCUGCCAUUGUGCAAGUCACUGAAUCUUGCAGUUAUGAUGAAGUAAAAUGGGUUUUUAUAUUGGAUAUAGUGUAUUUAAGUCCAGUUUUGACCUCAAGUCACAGGAAAGUGUUUGAAAAGAUAAUUUAAUGAAUUUGGCUCCAUCAUGUGCCUUGGUUUGCUGGCGGUCACUUCAUGCUGACUGAAGCUGAGCAUGCACUGGCCACUGUCCGGAAGCGGUGUCAUGUCGCAUUCUGUGUUGAGAGUCUCUAGGGACCCCUCCUUGGGAGCUGGCAUAUAAAACGAGUGACCCGCCCCUCCCGGACAAAUGAGAUCCAGCCCGGCCCGACGCGCCUGUGCUGCGCUUCAUGGAUGCUUCAGCACUUCAGCAUCCUCAGCCCUGCCCAGCUCAGCGGAAUUAACACCGUGACUCGGACAAAUCUGACCGCUCUUUGCAGACUCUUCAGGCUACUAUACACUACAUAUAUUUAAGUGCUGCGAGAGCUGCCAUGGCGAACAGAGGGCCCAGCUAUGGACUGAGCCGAGAGGUGCAGGAGAAGAUCGAGCAGAAGUACGACCCGGACCUGGAGCAGCGGUUGGUGGACUGGAUAGUUGCACAGUGCAGUGGAAACCUGGAGAAGCCACAGACGGGCAGGGAGAACUUCCAGAAAUGGCUGAUGGAUGGAACAAUCCUCUGUAGGCUUAUCAACAGCCUUUAUCCGAGAGGUAAGGAGCCCAUCAAGAAGAUUCCAGAGACGCAGAUGGCCUUUAAACAAAUGGAGAAGAUCUCUCAGUUCCUGCAAGCAGCUGAAGCUUAUGGAGUCACAACCACUGACAUAUUUCAAACAGUGGACCUCUGGGAAGGAAAGGACAUGGCAGCAGUGCAAAGAACUCUGAUGGCUCUGGGGAGCGUGGCUGUCACUAAGGACGAUGGUCAUUACAGAGGUGACCGAGAAUGGUUUAACAGGAAAGCCCAGGGGUAUCGACGAGAGUUCAGUCAAGAGCAGCUCCGCCAAGGUCAGAGUUUGAUCGGCCUGCAGAUGGGCAGCAACCGUGGGGCCUCCCAAGCUGGUAUGACAGGCUACGGUAUGCAUCGUCAGAUCAUGUAGACCACUUCCUAACUAACCUGCUCCCCUGCUUCCAGACCUUAUUUUCUACUAAUACCACAAAACCUCCAUAUCCUCUGUAGCACCCGCCAUGUUAACCUCAAUUUCCCUGGAAUUGCUGCUUUCCCAAACACAGUGUUCUAUCUUAAAAAAUGAUGUCAAAUUCUGUAGAUUUUCUUUAAUCUCUUCCUGUUCCUCUCUUCCCUUUAGCCAUGUGCUGUUCCACCUCUAGCUUUACUUUCCAUGUCUAAGUGAUUACGUAAUGAGGAAAUCCUAGUCAUUCAACAUCCAUUUAGUCUUGUAGAGAAUAAAGAUUAAAAUCUGUAUACAAAAGAAGCCAUCAGUGUUAUUCACAUUUUGAAUCAGAAAUACUGUAAACCACUGUUACAGCAUGCUUUAUGGUAUUUAUUUAUUUAUUAUAUAUGCAUUUAUUUAUAUGUGUCAUUGUUUUAGGAUGAUCUGUUACUAUGUAAUAUUUUUGCCUUAAACCUAAUGGAACUCAAUGACUUUCACUGUCUCUGCUGUCUGCUGUCAAGACUUGUUGCAGUAUCCUCUGUAACCAAAUCAACCUCACGUUGUGCCUGGUUGUGGGACUAAAGAGACGAGUUCCUGAUAAACUGGCCUCAAAUUAUAAAUGAGUUUCAAUAAUUCUGAGCCA